GUCAUAAUAAGUCACUAAGUUCGACUGUAGCUCAAGCUAACCAAUCCUCCUCCACUACAAAAUCCAGUUCAAACUCAAUUGUACUUUCUUCAACCAGAAGAACUCAACAAUGGCGGCAACACCAAUGCCAGGAAACCCUAACUCCGAUGGAACUCCGCCGCCAUUGCCGCCACCUCCAGGAACUGAUAUGACCGGAAUUUGCUUCAGAGAUCAACUAUGGCUUAACACAUAUCCUCUCGAUCGUAAUCUUGUUUUCGAUUACUUCGCUUUAUCUCCCUUUUAUGAUCGUACUUGCAAUAAUGAACAUCUCAGGAUCAAUUCCAUCCAUCCACUCGAUAUCUCUCAUCUUUCGAAGAUGACAGGCAUUGAGUAUAUGCUAAAUGAAGUUAUCGAGCCUAAUUUGUUCGUCAUCCGUGAGCAAAAGAGGGAUAAUCCUGACAAGGUUACACCCAUGUUGACUUACUAUGUGUUGGAUGGUUCCAUCUACCAAGCUCCUCAGCUUUGUAAUGUGUUCUCUGCAAGAAUUGGACGUGCUUUAUAUUACAUACAAAAGGCAUUUUCGACUGCUGCUUCAAAAUUGGAGAAGAUCGGACACGACGCUGAAAGUGAUGAUGCAAAUGAUGAUUCCACAGCUGGUAAAGAGACUUAUGAUCUCAGAGAAAUAAAGAGAGUAGAUCAUAUUCUCGCUUCCUUGCAGCGUAAGCUACAACCAGCCCCUCCACCACCCCCGUUUCCCGAGGGCUAUGCUCCAUCUCAACCUACAGAAGCAGAACAAGGCUCAGAAACUCAGCAAAUAACGGAGCAUCAGCAGCUUCCGUCUGUCGAUCCCAUCAUUGACCAAGGUCCUGCUAAAAGAAUGAAGUUUGAUUAGAUUACUUUUUUUUUUCUUCAAUUUUCCAUGUAAUAAUUAAUCAGGGUUUUGUAAGUCUUUUUUUUUAUAUAUUAAAUCAAACGCAUCUAUAGAAAUUGUAGUUAAAGAUCUCAUGUAAUGUGUUUGCACGAAAUCAAUCUAUGUCAAAUCAUGUCGAUGGCCA